AGUCAGUUGGGAGCGGAUAAGAAAUCGCUGGUGAGGCGAAGUUCGUACACAAGGUUGCAAUAGGUGGUGGGUAACAGUAAGGAAAUUCGAGCCCAAGUCCUGCGAGGCCCAUUGAGUUGGGUUUACUUCAAUACUGUCAGUGGUCUAGCAGACGUGGUAACAAGGGAGAGGCCUUGUCAGGGGUGUGCUAAUUAGUUAUUUGUUACUGAAAUCGUUGGAUCGAACAGAGUUAAAUUGGGCCCCAAAAUACAAAUAGUACAAAAUGCCAGGAAUAGUCGAUUGGUACAAUGACAUACAUAAUAAAACUGAUCCAAGAACUGCCGAUUGGUUCCUCGUCACAGGCCCUGGGCCCCUCCUGAUGAUAGUCGCCUCGUAUGUUUACUUCAGUACGUACGCCGGGCCCAGAUACAUGCGCGACAGGAAACCGUAUUCGUUAAAAAAUGUUCUGAUUGUUUAUAAUAUACUCCAAGUCAUACUAAGUACGAUCUUAGUUCACGAGGGAUUCGUGAGCGGAUGGUGGAACGAUUACAGCUUUGGUUGUCAGCCUGUUGAUCGCUCUAACAAUCCCAAGGCGUUGCGGAUGGCCCGUGCAGUGUGGCUGUACUAUAUUUGCAAGUUAAUCGAGCUGAGUGACACAAUAUUCUUCGUCCUGCGUAAAAAGAAUCGGCAAUUGUCCUUCCUGCAUAUCUGGCACCAUGGAAUAAUGACAGUGUCGUCGUGGAUAGCCGUCAGAUUUUUCCCCGGCGGGCAGUGCACCCUCUUGGGUCUCAUCAAUUCUUUCAUUCACAUAAUAAUGUACGGAUACUACAUGCUGUCAGCUUUCGGCCCCCACAUGGAAAAGUAUCUCUGGUGGAAAAAGUACUUAACCCGCCUGCAACUCAUCCAAUUCUCCAUAAUCUUCGUUCACAACUUCAAUCAUCUUUUCUUAGACUGCAGUUUUCCGAAAUUCUUAUCUAUCCUGCUGACGGUGAAUUCCGGCUUUUUCAUUUAUUUAUUCGGCUCAUUCUACGUCAAAAAUUAUUUCACACCGAAGUCACAAGUCGAAGCGGGCGAUGCAAAGGCCAAGAGAAAAUUGAUAGUUGAAAAAUCGGAAUGACCUGCUAAAGAAAAAUAUCGGCGAUCUCUUAUUUUCAUCGAUCUAACACAUAUAAUGAGACGAUCGGUUAUUUACCGACUGUUUCACAUCGAUGUAUCUACUGUAGAUCCUCGCGCGAUGCCCACUUUAAGGGGUAACAGAUUUUCAAAUGAAAUUUCAAUUGCCGUUCAAAAUUAUUAUCAAUAUUAGUUGGGAUCAUCGUCGAAUUCUACCGAACGCACAAGAAUCGAGCAGAAAAAAUUUUUUUUUCGAUUUUUUUUGGUGCCAUUUCAUCUGAAAAAAACAAACUAUUUCCGCUCAAAACGGUUCCGGGGUGAGUGAAAAAAUCUCUCUCAUAAAAAACGAUUGCGAAUCACGAGAGUACCCGGCAACUGGUGAGGGUCCAAUGUACUACCACACGUUCAGCCAAAAUGGGAAGCGAUUUGCCAAAUUAAUUUGCAGACGCGUUGGCCCCCAGAACCGGCAGAUUUUAGUCGAUUUAGUCUUCUAUCGGUAAUGGGAAUAUCUACUCUGAGAUGCCAAUUAUCUGGAUAGGUCAUCGACCGAUAUCAAUCAGUCUUUUUAUUUCACCUUGAAACAUGCAUAAUAAUCAUUGAAGACCAACCGGACGACGAACGCAGGCACGAUUUUUUCCCCCGAUGUCUAGGGUAUCAAAAACGUUAGCACUUUAUCAACUCCAAUUUCCCAUUGAAAUUCGAACAAAGGGAAUGCCACAAGCUCAUGAUUAUCUUCAAAUCAUAAAUCCAUAAUGACCAAAAGUUUGAGUAAUACUCUCAUGUUUCCUGGAGUUUGCGUAACAAAUUAUAACAAUAACACGCGCUGAAGAAUUUCCGAGGUGUUGACCUUUGUGUGGCGCUCAUGUUGCUUCGUUGGGAAUUCAGAAGAUUUUUCAAUUCAAGAAUUUGACGUCAUUCUUUUGAUCACAUUAUCGAUAGAUUCGUUAAAAAUAACGAUCGAACUACCCCGGCUUAAAUUUCAUUUUAUCACGACGAUAUAAACGACGAGAUGUUAAUAAACUCACAACUAUUACUGGAAGGUUCACCAAUGAUUUAGUAUAUCCUAACAAAAAUGUGAUUUGUUGUUAUUCAGCAUGAGAGUUUCCAACUACAUUUGUUCACCAAAAUUUAAAAAAAAUAAUAAAUAAAUUGAAAGAAAUCAUGCAAGA